AUGGACGAAGACGUGUGGCUCUUCUACCUGAGGGAGCUUCUUAAAUUCGAGCUUGUCGGCCCAAAGACGCUGCUGGUGGAUAACUUGUCGGCCCACGUCUCCAUCCCAGCACGACGGGUCGUGGACGACGAGGUGUACUCGUUUCUGGAGCCCCUGCCAGCAAAGAUGCGUGCCUUAUGGCUGCGUGAAGUGCCCGUGAUAUCUGCUGCAGAAAAUCGAGUGAAAAUGAUCGAACGUACCAUCACGGCGUGGGAAUCGAUAAACGAAGAAGCGAGCAGGAAGUCGUUCAUGAAAGCCUUGCCCACCAUGGCUUUUAUCGAUUGCCUUACUCAAUACUGCCGUCCUUAUGAAAGCCUCAUUGACACCAUGUGCAUCGACGUGUCGGCCAGCGCUUCUUCGAGCUUUCUCACGCUCCAGAAACACUCGAGCUCUCGAUCGUACAUGCCGAAAGCCAAAAAGUAG